AUGAGCGACGGAGCUGAUCUUGCGCGCUUGCGAGAGUAUGAUGCUCAACUGGAAGGUCUGCAGAGCGGUCAGUGCAGCCUGCAGCAAGGCGAGCAGCUGCUGAAGGACUUCGACAAACUGCUGGCGCAGGCCCCAUUGUCCGUUGGCGCCUCGGAGCUCAAUGCGCUCCGCGAGCGCCUGGAGACGCACCGUGUGGCGCUGCAGCAGCUGCGCAGCCGAACGGAUCGGGCGGAACUGCUGGGGGACGGCGCCAAGAAACGGCAGGUCCUGAAGGCCAAGACGCAGGCGGAGGCCGAGCACAGCGAGGUCCUGGAACUCAAGAGCGCCCGCGAUGAGAUGCGAAACCAAUUGGAGCGCAUGCAUUACGUCAAUGAAAAUCUACAGGAUUCAAGCCGUACCAUUGGAAAAACGCAGGAUGCGCUGCAGGAAUACGACAGCAAAUUGGCCAGUGCAGCCAAAGCUUUAGGCCAAUUGAAGCGAAAGACAGAAGAGGACUCACGGUAUAUUUGGUGGUCCUUCUACUUCUUCAUGGCAGUCGUUGCCUACAUUGCCUCUUCGCACGAUCCAGGAAUCUGGAUGAGAACGACCGCAGAUGUCUCUCACGAGUAGCGAGGGGAAGCCUCAAUUUGGUAAACCAUGAAUCAACUAUAAUUAUACAACCUGAAUGAAUGGGUUUCGGCGAUCUCACCAUCAUCAGAUGAAUCACAUCAGUCAUCACUAAGAAUUAACAUCAUAGGCUUUAAGAGAAUGAAACCGGGCAACUGCAACCAAAUGUCAGUGUUUACUCAGGUCUUGAGGCGGCUGAAAGUCUUCAAGAUGAUUUACUACGGCAUUUCCUUCGGACUCUGGUCCACCAACAACGUCCUCGACGUGCUGCAGUCCACGCGCGAGGCGCUCUUCGGCGCGGUGAGCGUCGAGAGCGACGUUGCGGUGGUGGACGCUGCGAUGAGCCUGGCAACGGCAGACCGGUGAUGCGUCGAAAAG